GUUUAUGCAACAAUUUAAACGGCUCACACAGUAUGUAUGUUACUGAUGAGCCGGCCGGAUGUACAUAGUUCAGAAGUCGAGGCCGUUUAUUAGAUUCGGAUGACCGAAAUCAAUGAAAUGCAGCGGCGUGUUACUAGUACUUGGUAUGGAUCCGGAUACGAAGUUAGUUCAGCAUGUUUUGGUCACGGGAACGUAAUUGUGAAUGCUCGCCAACAAACACAAAUGUCUGACCUUGAUUUUGAAUCAACGAUGAACAACUUGGACAAGCGCAAUUUUAUCGAGACAAACCAUUCGUGCAGUUUAUGCUCAAGACGCCGAUAGUUUUUUCAUUAUUAACUAUUUGUGGGCUAACGGUGCCACCGAGCACCGGCGUGAGGUAUCUACGUCGUCUAGUCUUGUUAAUAUUGCCGGAUUUUAUUACAAAGCUGACGUUAGCUUUCGUAGUGUAGAACUAUAUUCAUAUUAAAGGAUCCACAACUGGCAAGGUUCUUACCUUAACAUAUUACUCGAGAUGACCUUUACAAGAGCUUGUGGGAUACUGUACGUCUUGUUCGUCGGGGUAGCUUCCAAUCCGGCGGAAAAAGUGGCGCAUGGUGAGGAGAAAUUGUCAGCGGUUGAUCACAGUGCCAUGGCGGCAUCAGUCAAAUCGUACAUCGGCUGUGCAGAACUAUUGUGGGAACAUUUCUUGAAAUCCCUGGCGAUGCAGCCUAACGGUACCGUGCAUAUGACAGAUAACUCCGCCCAUCCGGAGAAAACUCCAGUGACAACAACGGCUGACCCUCAUCACGUCACCGCUGCCGUCAACGCUAAAACAGUGGCAUCAGCGGCUGGCCAUUCGACCGUUAGCAUGGCAAACACGAACCUGACGACCUUUGAUUUCAAAACGAGCAACUGUUCUGACAAAACGGAUACCUGGACACUGGAUACCAAGCUCUUUAAUAACGUCACUACGUCGCACAACCUUACCGCUGCCAGUCUGCAAGACCAUCUAAACGAUGCCUUCGCCAAGUUUGAUCAGUCGUUUAUGUCUUCCUUCAAUGUCACAAGUAAAGGAAUUCAGAAGGCCAGAAAUUUUACCCUGCAAUGGGUUAUGCAGAACGGAAAGGGUGGUGGAUUAUCCCACAUGGAAAUGGAUUUGAACCAUAAAAUUGCGAAUGGUAGUGCUGCUCAUAACGAUGCUGCUGCUGCUUCACGCCAUUAGAUAUAUUAAAUCCUUAGUGUUGCACGCGAAGCUUUAGUUUCUUCUGGUAUAAUAAUAAUGCAGUACUUCUGCUGGUCAUUCUUUUUUUGCAAAUCAUUUGAAAUUUGCAGAUUUGUGGCUGCUUACAUGUAUAUCUUGCAGAGAGCAUUCGUUUCAUUUUUAAUUCAUUUUUAUGGCUUUAUACAAAAUCAACAACAUGAGAAGCACUGAGUUAUAAACAUAAUUG